AUGGAAUGUCACCUCCUGCCUGUGAACUGCACUCCCUCCGGUCCGCCACUGUGUUCAGCACCACUCACUGUACUGGAAAGAUGGCACCGGUUACCGGCCAAAAAGGGGAUCUUAGAACGCUUAAAUGCUGGAGAAGUUGUGAUUGGAGAUGGAGGAUUUGUCUUUUCCCUGGAAAAGAGGGGCUAUGUAAAGGCUGGACCCUGGACCAAGGAAGCUGCCGUGGAGCACCCUGAGGCAGUUCGCCAGCUUCAUCGGGAGUUCCUCAGAGCUGGAUCGAACGUCAUGCAGACCUUCACUUUCUAUGCAAGUGAAGACAAGCUGGAAAACAGAGGAAACUACGUGGCGGAGAAGAUUUCUGGGCAGAAGGUCAACGAAGCUGCUUGUGACAUUGCACGGCAAGUGGCUGAAGAAGGAGACGCUUUGGUUGCAGGAGGCAUGAGCCAGACACCUUCAUACCUUAGCUGCAAGAGCGAGAUGGAAGUUAAAAAGAUAUUUCACCAACAGCUAGAGGUCUUCAUAAAGAAGAAUGUGGACUUCCUCAUUGCAGAGUAUUUCGAACAUGUUGAAGAAGCCGUUUGGGCAGUGGAAGCCUUAAAAACCUCUGUCAAGCCUGUAGCGGCUACCAUGUGCAUCGGGCCUGAAGGAGAUUAUCUGCAUGGCGUGUCCCCGGGAGAGUGUGCGGUGCGUCUGGUGAAAGCAGGCGCCUCCAUUGUCGGUGUGAACUGCCACUUCGAUCCCAGCAUCAGCUUGCAGACUGUGAAGCUCAUGAAGGAGGGUUUGGAGGCUGCUCUGUUGAAAGCUUACUUGAUGAGCCAGCCCCUGGCCUACCACACCCCUGACUGUGGCAAACAGGGAUUUAUUGAUCUCCCAGAAUUCCCCUUUGGAUUGGAACCCAGGGUUGCCACCAGGUGGGAUAUUCAAAAAUACGCCAGAGAGGCCUACAACCUGGGGGUCAGGUACAUCGGCGGCUGCUGCGGAUUCGAGCCCUACCACAUCAGGGCGAUCGCAGAGGAGCUGGCCCCAGAAAGGGGGUUUUUGCCACCAGCUUCAGAAAAACAUGGCAGCUGGGGAAGUGGUUUGGACAUGCACACCAAACCCUGGAUCAGAGCGAGGGCCAGAAAAGAAUACUGGUAGAAUCGCCGAAUAGCUUCUGGCAGGCCGUACAACCCUUCGAUGUCCAAGCCAGAUGCUUGGGGAGUGACCAAAGGGACAGCUGAGCUGAUGCAGCAGAAGGAGGCCACGAGUGAGCAGCAGCUGAGAGAGCUCUUUGAAAAACAAAAAUUCAAAUCUGCACAGUAG